UGAGUCCACAGCUUUAACUUAAACGCACAUGUCGGGUGUGUUGUGUUGAGGAUUGUUGCAGCAUUUAGCGAAGCGGCGUCCCGGUACCGGCCGCGCUCUUUACCCCCCGGUACCGGCUGCACGUUGACGACACCAGAGACGAUGCGAUAAGUGUCCCGGUCCACGAGAGACGGCCUGCGGUUCACUUAUAGUGCAGAAAACGCUCCUGGAGCAGCUGACUGUUACCGACCACCGGCCUGAAGGCUUUGCGGCUCGCCCAGCGACACCAUGAGCUCCAAGGUGUGCAAGAACUGCGGCGGCGCCGACAUCGACGUGGACCACGCCCGCGGCGACGCCGUCUGCAUGACCUGCGGCUCCGUGCUGGAGGACAACAUCAUCGUGUCCGAGGUGGAGUUCGUGGAGACGGGGGGCGGAGCCUCGUCGGCCGUGGGACAGUUCAUCGCCGCUGACGCUGGAGGCGUCAACCCGUCCUUUGGGGAGAACCACUUCUCUGGGAUGGGGAGGGAGUCCCGGGCUCAGACCCUGCAGAACGCGAGACAAAACAUCAACACGCUGGGCCACCAGCUGCAGAUGAACAAACACUGUCUGGACACGGCCCUGAACUUCUACAAGAUGGCGCUCAUGAAGAACCUGACCCGCGGGCGCAAGAACUGCCACGUGGUCGCCGCCUGCCUCUACCUGGUGUGCCGCACCGAGGGAACGCCGCACAUGCUGCUCGACCUCAGUGACAUCGUGCAGGUGAACGUCUACGUCCUGGGGAGGACCUUCCUCGUCCUGUCCAGAGAGCUGUGCAUCAACGCCCCGGCUAUAGACCCGUGCCUCUACAUUCCCCGCUUUUCCCAGCUGCUGGAAUUUGGGGAGAAGAACCACGACGUGUCCAUGACGGCGAUGCGGCUGGUGCAGAGGAUGAAGAGGGACUGGAUGCACACGGGCCGGAGGCCCUCGGGGCUCUGCGGCGCAGCUCUUCUGGUCGCCGCUCACAUGCACGACUUCCGCCGCACCAUCAAAGAAAUCGUCGGCGUUGUGAAAGUGGGGGAAACCACGCUGAGGAAAAGACUGACGGAGUUCGACGCCACGCCCAGCAGUCAGCUGACCGUCGACGAGUUCAUGAAGAUGGACCUGGACGAGGAGUGCGACCCGCCCUGCUUCACCAGCGGGCUGAAGAAGAUGAAAUUCAAUCAGCUGGAGAUCGAGCUGAAGAAGAGCAUGACUGACGUGGAAGAGGAGAUCCUCGGCUACCAGGACGAGAUCGACGCAGAGAUCGAGAGUUGUCGGCCCAAACUGAGAGGAGUUUACGCCGCCUACGCCAGAGAAGACGCUCACAAAGACGACGGCGGCGGCGGCGGCGAGGAGCUGGACGACGAGGACGUGCUGCAGGCCGUGGCCAAGCACUUCGGCAAAGACCUGGGCGAGCUCACGCUGGAGGCCCUGAUGAAGCUGGAGCAGAGGAAGCCGGGGCAGGAGGAGGAGGAGGAGGAAGAGGAGGAGGAGGGGGGGGACUCCCCGAAGAGAAAAUCCCCGUCGCUGCUGUCCAUCCUGGGCCCGAUGCCCACGGCGGCCUCCCUCCGCCUCCCGGAGGGCUUCGGGGACGGGAAGGAGGACGGUGAGUGGGACUCUGCUUUCAUCGCUCUGCAGGUGCGACGUUGUUCUCGGCAGCUCAGGUCAGCUGCUCCUUGUUUUUGCAGGGCGGUCUGAUUGCGAGCGCUGUGCGCCCCCCAAC